AUGCGUGUUCACUGUAGCAACAUCAGAAAGCCGAAGAAGAAAAAUCCUAGGCUCUGCAGCAUCUCUGCAGCGAUGCGGCGGCUGCUGGGCAGCCGGGGACCCAGCGCAGACCCAGCUUCGGCUGCAGCCCGUUUCUAUUCCAAGGACAAUGAAGGCAGCUGGUUUCGCUCCCUGUUUGUCCACAAAGUAGACCCCCGGAAGGAUGCCCACUCUACCCUGCUGUGCAAGAAGGGGACCAGCAGCCUCUAUCAGAUCCAGUUUCACAACGUGAAGCCUGAGUGUCUAGAUGCCUACAACAGUCUGACGGAGGCUGUGCUGCCCGAGCUCCACCUGGAUGAGGAUUAUCCCUGCUCGCUCGUGGGCAACUGGAACACGUGGUACGGGGAGCAGGACCAGGCAGUGCAUCUGUGGCGCUUCUCAGGCGGCUACCCAGCCCUCAUGGACUGCAUGAACAAGCUAAAAAACAACAAGGAGUACCUGGAAUUCCGAAAGGAGCGGAGCUGCAUGCUGCUGUCCAGGAGGAAUCAGUUGCUCCUGGAAUUCAGCUUCUGGAAUGAGCCACAGCCUAGAGCUGGCCCCAACAUCUAUGAGCUGAGGACAUACAAACUCAAGCCAGGAACCAUGAUCGAGUGGGGCAACAACUGGGCUCGAGCCAUCAAGUACCGGCAGGAGAAUCAGGAAGCAGUGGGCGGCUUCUUCUCGCAGAUAGGAGAACUCUACGUUGUACACCAUCUCUGGGCCUACAGAGACCUGCAGUCUCGGGAGGAGACUCGAAAUGCUGCCUGGAGGAAGAGGGGCUGGGAUGAAAACGUCUACUAUACAGUCCCCUUGGUGCGGCACAUGGAGUCUCGGAUCAUGAUCCCCUUGAAGAUUUCACCUCUUCAGUGAUGCUGCUGUUACCUCCACCUCUUUCCCCUUCUCUCUCAGGGCAGCCUGGGGCAGAGGAACUUCUGGUCCUGCUGUCUUGGUUUUCUCUGGGCUCUGGGAGGACUCUGACAGGUAGAGAGAGCUCAGCUCAAAGAUGACAAGGUUCUGAGGAGUUACAGUUCUGUCCAGAACUUCCUACCCUCCCCGCCCAUGUCCUUCUCUUUGCUGGAAGUCGUUUCUAAGUUCCGAGUGAAGAAUAGCAACCUUCUAGGUCUUGUCACAUUACCUCCCUAAGAUUACUCAUUUUAAGGCCUCCUGUCCCCAGAUUAUCACCAUGGAAAUCCUUGAUUUAGCUUAGUUGCACAGAAGGUAGAAUAACCAACCAGUGGUUAGAGGUGGGGUGGGAGAGGAGGAAGUCAGACCAGGCAUGGCCCUCAAGAACUCCCUGGUCUCCACUGGGUCACCCACUUGCUAGACAAGUAAGUCUGAGCCAAAUUCGUCCUGCUGAGAAAAAGCUUGGAACUGCCACCAACCCUUAGCUGUCAAGAGAUCCAGGGUUCUACCCAGUGAAGCUAGAGAAAGAGAUUGGAACAGGGAGGAUUUGGGGGCAGGAGACAGACCUGGAACAGAAACCCAGAAGCUAGCACUUGGGUUUGAAUUGCAGAAUUGGGAAUACAGAAUUGGCAGAUA